GCCAAACAUCAGAACACCCUAGAAGGCUUAACUAAAAGAAUGCUCAUGUUUGACCCAGUCCCAGUCAAGCAGGAGGCCAUGGAUCCUGUCUCUGUGUCCUACCCAUCGAAUUACAUAGAAUCCAUGAAGCCCAACAAAUAUGGGGUCAUUUACUCCACACCGAUACCUGACAAGUUCUUUCAAACCCCAGAAGGCCUUACUCACGGGAUACAGAUGGAGCCAGUGGACCUCACUGUGAACAAGCGGAGCUCACCACCCUCUGCUGGCAGUUCUCCCUCCUCCCUCAAGUUUCCAUCGCACAGGAGAGCAUCCCCUGUUCUGAGCAUGCCACCCUCCAGCCCGCCCAUUAAGAAAUACUCGCCCCCUUCUCCUGGUGUGCAACCCUUCGGUGUACCACUGUCCAUGCCACCAGUGAUGGCAGCUGCACUGUCCAGACAUGGAAUCCGGAGCCCUGGCAUCCUCCCUGUCAUCCAGCCCGUUGUGGUGCAACCCGUCCCUUUUAUGUACACCAGCCACCUCCAGCAGCCACUCAUGGUCUUGUCAGAAGACAUGGACAAUUCAAACAGUAGCAUGCAAGUACCUGUAAUUGAAUCAUAUGAGAAGCCCAUAUUACAGAAAAAAAUUAAAAUAGAACCUGGAAUUGAACCACAGAGGACAGACUAUUACCCUGAAGAAAUGUCACCCCCUUUAAUGAACUCAGUGUCCCCCCCGCAAGCAUUGUUGCAAGAGAACCACCCUUCGGUCAUAGUGCAGCCUGGGAAGAGGCCUCUACCUGUGGAGUCCCCGGAUACCCAAAGGAAGCGGAGGAUACACAGAUGCGACUAUGACGGAUGCAACAAGGUCUACACUAAGAGCUCGCACUUGAAAGCACACAGAAGAACACACACAGGAGAAAAGCCCUACAAAUGCACCUGGGAAGGCUGCACAUGGAAAUUUGCUCGGUCUGAUGAACUUACAAGACAUUUCCGAAAACAUACUGGAAUCAAGCCUUUCCAGUGUCCGGACUGUGACCGAAGCUUCUCUCGCUCCGACCAUCUUGCCCUACAUAGGAAACGCCACAUGCUAGUCUGAAAGCCUGUCUCCACUCCCUCUUCCUGGCACUCUGUCUCUCUCACAGUAUGUGUCUCUGUCUCUGUUCCUCUCCUCCUGCCCAUUAUCUAACUCAUUUUUAUAUGUACAUUUAAUUUCGAUUCAGCUGGUCUGAAUCUCUGAAUUUAUAUCAUUCAAGACUUCCAUAUGGUCAGUAGUUGAUUCUCUAACCCUCCCUUUCCUUACCACGGGUCAGACCUAAAGAAUGUGAACAUUUUUUUUUUUUUUCUGGGGAUGCUAAGCAAACCCUCCUUAUUACAGAUGCGUUUAAUGUAAUGAGAACAAGGGAACAUGUAAACUAACGACCAAUUUGUCAGUUUCUCCAUGUAUUUCUCAAAAGAAUGUCAGAGUAAAUAUAUCAGAAAUACAGUAUCCAACCUGCUAGUCCUUGCCAGAGAGACCUUCAUACCUCUGCUACAUUUGUGUUUGACAACAAAAAGAAUGCAGUUAGCAAGAUCCACAGAGAUGUCAAGCUGGUCCUGUCCCCCUGCCAUUGCCCAUCCCACACUCUUGUUGGCCUGGAUUACUAACUCCACCGAAUCAACUCCUUUGUCCUCUAUGAUGCCUGAAGCUCAAGUGGAUGCUUUGACACCCUGAGAGCUGAGCCGGAGCUUCUGCCGUAGGUGAGCCAUAUGCUACCAUAGUUUGGAAAAAAAAAAAAAAACAGAAGAUCCUGGGAGUGGAGGAGGAUGUCAUCGAUUCCUAGAUAGGACUGUCUGGGCCAUUAACAUUAGCUGUGCAGUGCAUCUGUUAAAUGCCCAUCCCCAGGCCUAACUCAACUAAGCAGACCCUUGCCGCAAAGCUGGAGACCCAUAGGGUUAUUGGUGCCUCUGCCACCAUCCCUGCAGGAUCCUUCAUCUCGGAUCAAGAAGCAUAGAGAGAAGGAAUUCACAGAAAUAUUUGCCCGGUAAUGAACAAUCAAACAAAAACUUUUAAGACAGCAUCAGAUGAUCUCUCCCUACACCCACUGGCUAAGAGUGUUUUUUGCAAACAGGAAAACAUUGAGUGGUACUUAUACUCCCAUAUCCAAUUGAUCACAUAGCUUUCAUAUGAACCUUUUUUGUGUGAGUUGUAUGGUGCCAAACCAACUGUCAUUUGUGUCUGUGACACAUAGCAUACAUGAGCAUCCACUAAACUUGAGGGAAGUCAUUGAAUUAAGACCUGAGUGACACUAUUUGUAAAUAUACCUAGUGUGAAGCACAUAGAUCUUUAUUUUGGUGACAGAUUUUUGAAAAAUAGAGAAAAACACAAUUCAGGGAUUUAUAUAUGUAGCUUGAAGAUUCCCACGAGUUUCUGCCAGAGCUAGCAAUUUCCUGUCGCUACUAUGUAUCCUGUUAGGACAAACAAAAAACAAUGACUCAUGUUGAUGUUGGGGUGGGGGGAGCGCUUUUUUGUUUUGUUUUCUUUUUUGGGUUUUUUUUGUUUGUUUGUUUUCUUUUGUUUUGUUUUUCAAAAGCAGGCUUUUGAACACCAUAGUCCAAACGCCAAUGAAAACAAUUCACACGUUGAAAUGCCAUUGGUUAUAAAUUUAAAGAAAAUGGGCACAAUGGUCAGAUGGUUGCAUGUGACCAACAACCCUUUCAUCCCCACAAAGGAUGGAGGAGAAGAGAAGAGAGAAUCCUGGAAAUUCGUCCCAGCCACAACUCAGGAUCCAACACAACUGGGAGGAGCAUGCUACUUGAUUGUUCUUGAAUAUCAAUGAAUGAGCAAUGCUGGUGGCCUGCACAUGAGUGAGCAGGGAGCUCGCUUUGAAGGCACUAUGUUGGGAGUUGCAGGGACUACAUGCAGGAGGUCCUGCUCAGCCCUGUGAACCAGCUGAAGGGGAAAUGUGGGUGAAAACUGUAAAGAAAUGUUAUCUUAGCACUUGGGUUCCUUUUUGUUCCUUUUUAGGAGCUGCAAAAAAAAAAAUUGUUCAGGUUAUUAAAGCAUGCUAAUUAGGGUCUUGCUUUGCUCUUGUUUGCAACUAUGGCAUGAAUAGAGGAGUGGAAUGUCUCUUGGAAAAGCAGGGUCUCUAUUGUCAAUGUUGAGUUACACUCAUGCCAACACAUCAUGUCUUGAAGUGGUUCUUCUGCAUUGCACCCAAGAAUCCUGUCUGUUUUUGUUGUUUCAGUUUAUGUGUUCCAACCCAAUGAGAAGGGGAAAGGGUGCAAGGAAGGACAGAAUUAGCUUUGCUUCAGCUUUGCGCUGAAGUAUAUAGUUAAUAGCUUCGUGACAUAUUUAAAUUUUUUUCAAAAGUCUAUCACAUUACUCUUCAGCUUGCUUAGAUCAUGUUAACAGUUCUAUUAGUCCAUUUUGACUCUGAAAGAAAAAUGACCCAGAGAACCUGUUCUCUAUUUCCAUGCUGGUCUGAUAUACUUUGUUCAUUGGCCCUUACCAAAUUUUCUUUAUAUGUAUAUGUAUUUGUAUUUUACUAUGAUAGUUGAGUAAUUUAGUCUCUUAGCCUUGUUAGCUGUUUUUGUGGAAGGCACAUGAUCAGAUGCCCUGGAAACGUGAUGUUGGAUGACAUGCUAUCUGACUGUCAGUGGUGGUCCAAUCACAGUGUUUUAAAUUGAUGAGAACAGGCUGUAAACAUGAAGUCAGCACUAUGUAAAUUGUUACAGAGCUCACUCGAUUACUGCUAACGUAUCAUCCUGGGGAAGUUAAAAUUAAUCAGAAUCUUGUGUUUUCCAGUGAGAGUGUACAUCAUUAAGUGGGCAUUUAGCAGUCUACAGUCACUUGGUUUAGAGACUGUGGCAUAGCUUUGUUUAACUAAGAAGAUGUUAAAUAUGCAGACGUUUCAAGAGCCUUGGAACAGAACUACAGGGGAAUGAUAUGUAUAUGUAUUUUGUAUUAAACACCCACCUGCACUAUCAGUAUUGCACUAAUGUGGAAUUUGAGAGACUUGCUGAUACUGUAAUCUACGCACCAUUCUUUAGAUUGUUAUAAAGACAAUCUCAGAGAUCAGAGGGUUUAAAGUAAUUUGGUUUGAAAAUAGAAUUGUCUUGAAGGAAUUGCUAACAUACAUGAAGUCACUUGAGUUUUCUUUAUUCUCUUCUUGGUCAAGGUUAACAGUUUCUAAAUGAUUGCAAAUUCACUUAAGUAAUACAUUUACAAAGCCAUUUUACAUGCAUUAAACGAGGGCUACAACGUGUUUUACAAAUACUAGCACUUUUUUUUCCUGUUAUGUACUUAGUGUUAGAGGGUCAGAAUAACCUUUCUGCUUAGCAUCUCUUAAACCCUACCUGCAAGCAUAGCAGGGUUGUCGCAUUUACAGUACUUUAAUACUUGUAUAAACUAUGCAGAAAUUUUUAAUAAAGUGUAAUAUAUUUUAUAAGCUAAUAAGACUGAAUGGGUAAAGGUUUUUAGCAUGCAUUAGAAUACUUGCAAAUACUGAAACAUUUUGGUAAUCUUUCUUACUAAAGAUGUGAAUGUUUAAAUGUACCUUCUCUGUUUCUACCCUGUAGUCCAAUGGGAAUUCAGUAAUGACAUUUUGUCAUGUCAAACUGUGAACAUAAAUUUGUACUGUACAGUCCUCAUAUACUAUAUACAGUAUGCAAUAUAUGUAUUAUAGACUUGUUAAUAAAACCAUCGGAAUAUUA